AUGCUGCCCCGCCAUCGCUCGUCCUGCAGCACCUUCUAUGUCGAGAUCCGCUCCAGUGACGAGCGCAUUACACUCGGCACGUUCAAGACGGCGCACGAGACGGCACGCGCCUACGAUGCGAUCGCCUGGUGCCUCGGCCGCUCCCGCCGCAACAUGAACUGCCACGACGUGUGGAUGCGGGAGCAGGCGGAAGCGCUCGCGCCGCCGCCGGCCGUCACGCGCGAGCAGCAGCGGCGCCAGCAUGAGCUCGAGCAACGCCUCGUCAUCGUGGAGUGCGACGACCGCCUCCGCCUCGAGUGGGCGCGGCAGUUCCCGAGGACGUCGCCGUGGAGGAGGCCUUCUACGCGCAGAAGGAGGAGGAGAAGGCGGCGGCGGUGA